GCAUUCUCCAACAAUUUUUCUCAUUAUAUUAUCUUUCAAGUCCAAUCAUGAGCGAUAUCACUUUGCAACCAGUAGGCCUCGUAGACGCCGAAAAGCGUUACUGGGGACAAAAAAUUUCCACAAGCUCCAUGGAGAAAUUCAAAGAAUUUAGCAGAGCUAUCCCGCCUGACUUCCAGAACUAUCUUUACAUGAUGGGCGGAUCAAAAUAUUUUCCUUCGGGCUACCGUACUUACAAUGUUCCAGCUGCUGCCAAAGUCCUCUUUGCAAACUACAAGGCUUUACAAGACAUGGCCGAAAAAAUUGAUAAAAGUGUUUUCCCAACUUAUGGACGACUAAGGGAGCGUUUUCAUAGUUAUGCGACUGAGGCACAUGCACACUACACCGAGGUCCUAUCCCUUCUGGAGACAAUAAUGGCGGACGUCUUGGCAAAUUCGGAAUCAAAAUUCGCAGAUUGUCAGGAGCUCCGUCUUAUCGUCGAACCCAGAACGGAUCUGAGUUUUCGAAUGAAAGAUAAUGCUUCUAUAAUCAUCACGGAUCUACAGAGGGUCAGUUCGGUACUCAAAGCAUGUAUCAAGAAUAUCAACCAGAGCGUUGCCGACUUGAAAGCAUUUGUCGUGUUUACUCCUGAGGAGCAAAGGCAAGUUGAUAAGAUGAACAUCACAGGUUUUGCCGAAAAAUAUGUUUUGUCAAAGCUGGGUUUUGAGCCCUUAGCAUCUCUGGCCAUAACUAGGGUUCAAAAUGCACUCAAUGAUAUAGUGCCUGCAAUCACCGAGAUGCAAGAAGAACUUGGCAGAUGGGAAGCUAUCAAUUCUGAUCUGCUUGCCAUCGAGGACCUCAUUAACGAGGAAGAGACGACUGUUAUUGAAAUUAUAGCCACGUUAGAUAAUGAGCAAAUUCUUGAAAGGUGGCAGGAGCUUGGUGACAUAGUCCGCCUUGAAGAAAACCCACAAAAUGAGGAGUGAGAGGUAGUUGACUUGAUGGAUGAAGAAUAUUCGGUACCGGUCAGUUGGUGAAAAGAAUCCAUUUGAUGAGAUGUAGGCAUUUUUUGAAGGUACGGGUUAGUUGUAGUAUAAUAUGACUUAUAUGGAGAACUUGUUCAAAAGAAUUGUUGAAGUAAUGAACCCUGUGCAAGGAUAAGGCCA